AUGUUUUUGGCGUAUUAUUUAAGGCUUCAGUUUUGGAUCUUGCACAAACAAGUCAUAGAUGCAUCCCAGAGCUGUUUAACUACCGAUAAUCAUACAAAAAGCCUGCUAGGGGCCGAUAUAAUGGAGAUCGAGAAGCUAUACUGCAACGGAUUUGACUUGGAGAGACCUCUGCUGUUAUCCCUCUCUACGUGUUCCAACAAGCACAAGGAGGAAGUUCGUCACUGCCUCAGUAACUUUGCGGCAACCUUUUCCAAAAGCUUUUUAAAUCCAUCUCUAUGCAGGAAACGUGACGAAGCCAAACAGUGUAUCAGCCACGCGUGGCGUACCUACUGCAAUCCCUCAGAUGAGGCCGAUGGUAUACAAAAAGAGGUCAUCGGUUCGUUCAAUCCCUUUUGUGACGGGGACAAGGAUUCAAUGGCAGAGAAAAGCGAUCAGUGUACCAAUUAUACCACAUUACCUUGUCAAAAUCCUGAUGAUGAAGGUUGCCCCGGUGCCAGUCAACCGGAACGGUCAGUGUGA